UCAGAAAUCUGUCAAUCUCUGAUUUAAAAAUGCCAAAUCACUUGGCCACCAUAGCCAUCUGUGACUAUGAAAGAAUUCCACAGAUUAACCACAGAAUUCCACAGAAAUUCCUCCUCUCCUCCUUUCUAAAGUUACAUUAUUUUACGGCUAAUUACUAAGGAGUAAUGAGGCAGAGUAGAUGAGAAGGAUGGGAGAGUUCAUCAGCAGUGGAUGUGUGGAGACAGGGAAUAGAGUGAUGGGGACAGCGACCUGAGUGGGUGGAGGCAUUGAGAGAGGGAAAGUGAUUAAUGAGUGGGUGAGCAGGAGCAGUGGGUAAAGUAAGCGGUUGGGGGGCAAGGCAUAGGGUUGUUCAGCACAGCGUAGGGUGACUGGGGGCCAGAGGUGCGGGAUUGUGUCGAGUAGAUGAGCAGGAGUGUGGAUGAGAAUGGAUGGGAACAGGAGUAGGAUUGUUGGGCAGGAGGUAAAGGAAGUGCUAUGAGGUGUGGAAGAGUUUAGUUUAGAGAUACAGCGUGGAAACAUCCCCUCCGGCCCCACUGAGUCCACGUUGACCAACGAUCACCCCCACACUAGUCAUAUUCUACACAAUAGGGAUAAUUUACAAAAGCCAAAAAAACCUACAACCCUGCACUUCGUUGGAAUGUGGAAUGUGGGAGGUGUGGAGGAGUUUGUGGGUGGGAACCAGGCAAGUCGAGGAGAGGAUUGGGAGGUGAGGAUGCAGUGUAGGUGAACACGGAUAUGGAGUAAGGGGUAGGGAGUCGAGAAGUUCGGCUGCUCUGCAACGGAUUAAGUUACGGUCGGGAGACUCCGUGACCCAGGGGAGCGCGGAGCGGGAUGAGAGGCUGCGGGCAAGCCGGAGGGGCCGGCCAGAACCGAGGCACUGAAUCGCAUCCCACCAGGAUCCACACACAGUAGGACAGAUAGACAGAUAGAUGCGCGUUGUUUCUGCUGAGCUUGGACUCGGAAGGUUUAUUUUGCGAAAAGAUCUCCCGAGCCUGUUAAAUGAUAUGAAUUCAGGCACGGAGGAGCAUUGAAGUGUGUGUUUACAGAUUCCUGCCGCACUCGACCAGGCGGGCAACGGAGGGGACGGCGAAGGAGGAGGUGUGUUUUUUUCCCCAAUCAAUAUCAAAGCGUGAAACCGACACGGAGUGUGGUUUGGAGGCAGUCCUGAUCUCUCACUCACUCACUCACACACACACACACACACACACACAACGCUCCGGCUUCCCAACCUGAAGCUGAACUGAAGAGGAGUUAGACUUGCUCACCAACUGACCAGAAUGUCAUCUCAAGGAAGAUUCAAAAAGGACAAAGAGAUCACCACAGAAUACGAGACCCAAGUCAAAGAAAUCCGAGCACAGUUGACGGAGCAGCUGAAAUGCCUGGAGCAACAAUCGGAAUCCCGUCUCCAGCUCCUGCAGGACCUACAGGAAUUCUUCCGGAGGAAGGCGGAGAUCGAGGUGGAGUAUUCCCGGAGCCUGGACAAGCUGGCGGAGAGGUUUGCGGCCAAGAUCCGCAGCUCCAAGGAGCACCAACAGUUCAGGAAAGACCAACAUCUGCUGUCACCUGUGAACUGCUGGUACUUGGUGCUCAAUCAGACACGUCGGGAGAGCAAGGACCAUGCCACCCUCAAUGACAUCUACACCAACAACAUAAUCGUCCGCCUAACGCAGAUCAGUGAGGAUGUCAUACGGCUCUUUAAAAAGAGCAAGGAGAUCGGCCAGCAGAUGCACGAGGAGCUGCUAAAAGUCACCAGCGAGCUGUACACCGUGAUGAAAACCUACCACAUGUACCACGCAGAAAGCAUCAGCGCGGAGAGCAAGUUGAAGGAUGCCGAGAAGCAGGAAGAGAAGCAGUUCAGCAAAUCGGGAGACAUCAGCGUGAACCUCCUUCGGCACGAGGACAGGCCGCAGCGCCGCAGCUCCGUGCGCAAAAUCGAGAAAAUGAAGGAGAAGCGGCAAGCCAAGUAUUCUGAGAACAAACUGAAGUGCACCAAAGCAAGGAAUGACUACCUGCUUAACCUGGCAGCAACCAACGCUGCAGUGGCCAAAUACUACAUCCACGAUGUCUCUGACCUGAUUGACUGCUCUGACCUGGGAUUCCACAACAGCCUGGCCCGCACCUUCAGGACUUUCCUCUCAGCAGAAUAUAACCUGGAGACAUCGCGGCAUGAAGGACUGGACAUCAUCGAGAACGCCGUGGACAACCUGGAUGCUCGAAGUGACAAGCACAAGGUCAUGGACAUGUACAACCAAAUCUUCUGUCCACCCACCAAAUUUGAAUUCCAGCCGCACAUGGGGGAUGAGGUGUGUCAGGUGAGCGCUCAGCAGCCAGUGCAGACUGAGCUGCUUAUGAGGUAUCAUCAGCUGCAGUCCCGCCUGUCCACUCUGAGGAUAGAGAAUGAAGAGGUCAGGAAGACACUGGACGCCACCAUGCAAACACUGCAGGACAUGCUGACCGUGGAGGACUUUGACGUGUCCGAUGCAUUCCACCACAGCCGAUCCACAGAGUCGGUCAAAUCCGUCGCUUCCGAGACCUACAUGAGCAAAUUCAACAUCGCAAAGCGGAGAGCCAAUCAGCAGGAGACCGAGGUGUUCUAUUUCACCAAAUUUAAGAAAUAUUUGAACGGGAGCAACUUGAUCACAAAACUUCAGGCCAAGCACGACCUUCUAAAGCAAACUCUUGGUGAAGGUGAAAAGGCCGAAUGUGGUACUUCAAGGCCCCCAUCGCUUCCCCCUAAGCCACAGAAAAUGAGGAAGCCUAGGCCUCGCUCACAGUAUAAUCAUAAGUUGUUUAAUGGCGAUAUGGAGACGUUCAUACAGGACUCUGGACAACCCAUCCCACUUGUGGUGGAGAGCUGUAUUCGAUUCAUCAACCUUUACGGUUUACAACAACAAGGCAUUUUCCGAGUUCCAGGUUCUCAGAGUGAAGUCAAUGACAUCAAGAAUGCUUUUGAGAGAGGAGAAGAUCCUCUUGUGGAAAAUCACAACGAACAUGAUAUCAACUCAGUGGCUGGGGUCCUGAAGCUGUAUUUCCGAGGCCUGGAAAAUCCAAUCUUCCCCAAGGAGAGAUUCCUGGAUUUGAUUUGUUCCAUCAAGAUUGAGAGCGUGGUUGAGCGGGUCCACCACAUCCAACAGAUCAUCGUGACACUCUCACGGACUGUCAUCAUCGUGAUGAGAUACCUCUUUGCCUUCCUCAACCAUCUCUCCCAGUACAGCGACGAAAACAUGAUGGACCCCUACAACCUUGCCAUCUGCUUUGGGCCAACCUUAAUGCCCAUCCCUGACAGCCAGGACCCUGUAUCCUGCCAAGCCCACGUCAACGAGGUGAUCAAAAGCAUCAUAAUGAACCACGAGGGCAUCUUCCCCAGCCACAAGGAGUUGGACGGGCCAGUGUACGAGAAGUGCAUGACCGGAGGCGAGGAAUACUGUGACAGUCCCCACAGUGAGCCGGGGGCCAUUGACGAAGUGGACCACGACAACAGCACCGAGCCCCACACCAGCGAUGACGAGAUAGAGCAGAUUGAAGCUAUCGCCAAGUUCGAUUACGUUGGCCGGACACCACGGGAGCUGUCGUUCAAGAAAGGAGCCUCUCUGCUGCUGUACCACCGAGCCUCGGAGGACUGGUGGGAGGGGAGGCACAACGGGCUGGACGGUCUGAUUCCACAUCAGUACAUUGUGGUGCAGGACAUGGACGAUGCUUUCUCAGACAGCCUCAGCCAGAAAGCGGACAGUGAGGCCAGCAGUGGGCCGCUCCUGGAUGAUAAGGCCUCGUCGAAGAACGAUCUCCAGUCCCCAUCAGACAACUUGCCAGAGUUUUCCUUCGGAGGCGUCCUGGGCAGGGUGCGACUAAGGUCGGACGGUGCCGCCAUCCAGCGCCGUCGGAGCGGUGGCGAUGCACACAGCCCAGUCAGGGGGUCUGGACCGGCCAUUGACACCCCACCACGGGCUGCCGCCUGCCCCAGCAGCCCCCACAAGAUCUCCGUCAACCGGAGCCGGAUGGAGAGCCCAGAGAAGAGGCGGCUGGCCGCCUUCGGCAGCGCCGGAAGCAUCAACUAUCCCGAUCGGAAGAAUCUGGGAGAGGGUCUUCCUAUGCGGCAGACCUCUCUCUCCACCCGCCACAGCAGUCUCGGCGAUCACAAGGCCCUGGAGGCGGAGGCACUGGCCGAGGACAUAGAGAAGACCAUGAGCACGGCGCUGAACGAGUUGCGUGAGCUGGAGCGCCAGAACACGGCCAAGCAGGCGCCAGACGUGGUGCUGGACACCCUGGAGCAGAUGAAGAGCCCGCAGACUGGUGCUGCCAAUUCUGAGCCGGCCAGCCCGCUGCACACCAUUGUCAUCCGCGACCCCGACGCUGCCAUGCGGCGCAGCUCCAGCUCCUCCAGCGAGAUGAUGACCACCUUCAAGCCGGCCCUGUCGGCACGGCUGGCCGGCUCCCAACUCAGGCCCCCGCCUGUGAGACCGGUUCGGCCAGUCAUCCAGCACCGCUCCAGCAGCAGCGGCAGCAGCUCGGGGGUGGGCAGCCCAGCCGUCACCCCCACCGAGAAGGUCUUCCCCAACAGCGGCACUGACAAAUCCGGCACCAUGUGACCCCGACCGCCUCCGGAGCUCCGCUCCGAGGGCACAGCUCGGGCCUACUUCCGGUGAGAGCACCGGACGCCGGGCUCAUUCCCAGCCUGAAGCACCACCUGACCAAUGGAAGGAAGCCUUCCCGCAUCGUACUUCCGUUCCAAUCCUUUUAAUCAACUAGACGGGGAUGGAUGUGCAGUCACAAUCGCACCCGGUGAAACGGACCUCUCUGGGAACCACUGGCAAUUCACAGAGCAGGUCCCCUAAGAGAACGGCCCUCUCCCUGCACGUACUGAGCAUGCUCUGGAGAGCUGGCAACCCAAGCAAUAUAAGGAGGAACAAGGACCACGUGCUGUGGGAAGUCAACGACGGAAUGAGAGGGGAGUGAAGCAACAAAGCACGCAUCAUCUCAGCACUGACUGAGAACCUGUGGGAGUUCGUCCUUCAGUUUCUUCCCCCCCCCCCCCCCCCCCCCCAAGCUGCCCUCCCUUACCCACACCCAACUGUUGAGGUUACACCACAAAUCAACUCUCUGGCACCCAGUAUCGACGCUAUAAAUAGAUGACAAUGGCAAGCGCUUUGCUCCACCUGCUUGUAGUGGGCAAGGUGGGGAUGGGAGGAGGGUGUGGGCGAUGACAUAUAAAUAUUGUAGCACAGUAUUACAAGUUUAAUUAAUUAAUAUCGCAAUUGUACUUAAUGCGGCAUAACGUAACAAUAAUAUGGAAUUUAGGCAAAGAGUGUGUGUUUAAAAUAUGUAGAUUAACUUAUCCUACUUUUUGUGAAACAUUUAAUCAAUGUAGUAUUCCUUUUGUAAGAAAAUGUUCUCAAUGUACAUAGUGUCACUGAAACAGGCAAAGGCACUGCGUGAUAAUUAAUGUGAUAAUUCAUCAUCUCCUUUGACAUCACAUUGUCAUGAAGGUUCUUUGAGUUUACAUUAGGGUUUGGAAGGGGUGGGGGAAGUUCUCUGAGGAUUGAUGGGUGCUGCAUGGUUAACACCAUCAUACACAUCAGAAAAGAUUCACCUAGAAACAGGUCCUGAGAGAUGGAGGUUUCUGCGGACAUUCUGUACUCUCUGCCUCUUCAUUUGUUGAAGACAGCAAUACAAGCUUUGUAGCUGGGAGCUCUAAUAACUCAGCACAGGACAGGGACAGAACCAGACUCCUGGCAUUUAGUGUGUGCUUAGUCAAGUGUUGAUGCCGUUCCCAAAGCCAUGUUGAGAAAGUUCAUCAACCUACUGACAAGCCAUCCUGAUUAAUAAAGCAGAGACAGGCCCUUCAGCCCAACUAGUCCAUGCCAAGUAAGAUGUCUACCUAAGCAUCACAUUUGCUUGCAUUUAUUCCAUACGCCUCUAAAUCCUUCCUAUCCAUGUCCAAAUGUAUUUUAGAUGUUGUUAUAACCUUUACCAUUUGGAGAACAUUAAGGUUUGCAAUGUAUUAGAUUAUAACCCAUGUAAGGAGAUGAGCCUCUUCUGGUCACUGCAGCUAGAUUUAGGCAGGGCUACCCAUUUCCCAUUCUUGGCAAACAGGACUGAGAUUUUGUCGUCCUCUCCUCUCUGUGAAAAUGUCUUUUAGGUGUUGUUAUGUACCUACCUCUACCAUACAACAUGGAAACAGGACCUUCGGCAUGUAAGGUAGUCCAAUUUGCCCACAUUUGGUCCAUAUGCUUCUAAACCUUUCCUAUUCAUGGCAGCUUCUAGCGCCCACCACUCUCCCUGUUGAAAAUGUUCCCCUCUCACCUUAAAUGUAUGCCCUCUAGUUUUUGACUUCCCUACCCUGGGGAAAAGACUGUGACCAAUCACAUUAUCUACAUCCCUUACGAUUUUAUAUACCUCUAUUAGGUCAGGCCUCAGCUUUCAGCACUCCUGUGAAAACAAAACCUAACCCAUCAAGCCUCUCCUUAUGACUCAUGCGCUCCAGUCCCAGCAAUAUUUUCAUGAAUUUUUUCUGCACCCGUUCCAGCUUAAUGACAUCUUACAGUACUCCUAGUGCAGUCUUACUAUGCCUUGUACAGCAAUGAUGUUCUAAUUCCUGUACUCAAUGCACUGACCGAUGAAGGCAAGCAUGCCAAAAGCCUUCUUCACUGCCUUGCCUCCCUGCGUCCUGUCAAGAUGUUUAAAAUGAUGGCCUAUAUAACAUGAAAGGCCAGUGUUGUUUAUUCUGCUUUGCAAACAAGUCAAGAGGAAUUUCUAAAGUCCCAACACCACUGCCACUAACCUCGAUGGAGGAGCUGGAGCUCUUUCUUGCUCACGUUUUGAAGCCUGAAAACAGGGGAAGAAGCUGGUGGUAUGCGCUUUCAUGCUUUUAUAAGGAGAGGAGAUGACAUGACCAGGGUGGGAAAAGUCUGGUUAUGUUGGCUGCUUUCCUGAGGCAGCAUGAAUUGUAGAUGGAGUCAAUGGUGGGAGGUCUGGUCUGUGUGAUGGAUUUGGCUACAUCUGUCUUGGGCAAAGCCGAUCCCAAACAUGAUGAUGUCACUACACAGACCUGUACAAUAGCAACUUGUAUUCUCAUAGACUCAUACAGUCGGGAAACAGGUCCUUCAGUCCCAGUCCGUGCCGUCCGUCAACCACCCAUUUACGCUUAUCCUAUUUUAUUCACCACACAUUCCCAACAACUCUCCCCCAAAUUGUACCACUCACCUGCACAGCAGGGGCAAUUUACAGAGGUCAAUUGACCUACCAACCUGCACAUUUUGGGGGGAAACACACGUUUACAGGGAAAACAUGCAAACUCCAUACAGACAGCACCAAAGGUUUAAAUCUGGGUCGCUGGAACCAUGAGACAGCAGUUCUAUAUUUGCACCACUGUGCUCUGUGUGUAGUACAUUUGUAAGUUGGAUGUCUAAUACAAAAUCCAGAGACAGUUUGCAUGUUGUUUUCAGAUGAAGUAUGACAUUGUAAGUCAUGAAGGGGCAUUGGUUUUAAUCCAAUAUGCUUUGUUACGGCAAGAAUUUAAUUUUAAUUUUAAUGGAGCACAAAGAGAUGGGGCAGGCAAGGCAAACUGGAAACGGUCAUCCUGACUAUCUUUAAUCCUGUGAAUUGUAAGGGAGGUCAAAGAAAUGUGCUGCCCAUAGGGUUGUUAACACUGGCUGCAGAUAUGUCGGGAGUUUUGAUGAUUCUACCUCACAGCAGCUUUCUUGAAAAACUAUGGAAGAACAAACUUUUUUCAUGUCCCAGGUUUGCUGACAUCAGAGUCUUAAUAGUCAAUCCUCAAGAGUCCAGGACAACCCUAAAACCCCAUUUCAUAAUGAAUAAGAAUAAAAAGCACAUUAUUUUUCCAUGAACCGAUUUCCCGGUGGCCUGGUUGGUCUGUGCUAGGUGGAAUCCAGGCCUGGCUGCAGGGUUACAGGUUUGACUAGCCUUGUGGCCAGGGAUAGCAGUUCAGGCAUUACACUGGAGAGGUUACUGGUCUGGCUGGUACAAGAUAAGGGGUAAGCUGGGCUCUACCCUACGUAGCAGGGUCACAGGCCUGAUCCAAGCUGGACUGCCAUCUCUAAAGGCCACGGGAUGUAAGGAUUGUCCAUGCAUUAGAUCCAAUGUUUCCUUGGGUCCGUGGAAACUGAAAUUUGGCAGGAGGAAGGGUUAUGAAAGAGCAAACCUGCCUUUAGCUGUGCUCAAUGAGUAAUCAUAUUCUGAGACUGCAGACACUGAGAUUUGGAGCAAAAAGUAAACUGUUGGAGGCUUCAGCAAUUUGUUGUUUGCUUUCCCAGAGAGCCUGAAGGGUGGAUAUGUAGAAAGAGAGCGUAUUGAUGCAAGUGAGCAAGUGAACCAUUAGAUGACUGUGAGAGAGAUUGCUGUAAUAUUUGAAGCUGCUCUGAGGACAGUUGGAGAUCCGCUGUAUGUCUGCGUAGCAUGGGCCCCACCUGCUUGCUUAAAACAGUUGGCUUAUAAAAGUGCCAAUGUCUUCAGUUCCCUAACCAUCCUAGUUGAUAAGCACAAAAUUCACAUCAGGUACUUUAAAUGAUUGUAUUGGGUGACUUGAUCCAGUUGCAACAUUAGAAUCCUCUGGAAAUCUGAAACAAGAGAGAAACAGGCAAAGGUUGGCAAAUCCGGCAGUGUCCCUGCACAGAGACAGACUGUGUUUCGGACCGAGGACCUGUCCUCAGAGCUGGAAACCUUUAACAUGAACAGCCUCUCAGCAAGUGCUGAACUGGGGAAAGAAUGCUAGAGGAAAAUGCAGGAAAUGGGUUUGUGACAGGAAAGCCAUUUUUUGCUAUAUACACGUUUACCUGAAUUUCUCCCAUAGGCAACGGGAACAGAAGGGAACAUUCAGGUAAACCUGUUUAAAACAGAAUGUGGUCUUCCUGUAAAGAAGCCCUUCCUGUCACUGACACAUUUCCUGUAGGUGAAUAUCUUCCAUUACUUCUCAGGACAUGUCAAUGAGCUUGACAUGCAGCAACAUACAUAAAAAGCUCCAUUUAAGAAGUGCAUGAACAAAUCAUCAGAUCGCUCAGGCUACGCCUCAGGGCUGUGUUCUGGUAUAUACUGGAACGGACGAAGCGGGUUUAUUUUUCCAUUGAGCUUCUUUCUACCUGACCCAUCCACUGUUUCCCUUUGGGAUAUGGACUGCAACUGGAAUAGUGCCACCAUGUGCAGCGGUGUGCAGGAGGAGCAGCCUUGACUCUACUGAUAAGGCCACAGAGUUGGAUUGAGCCCACAACCUUCCAAUUCAGAGAGACUGCUCUCUCAGCUGACAUGGCCAUCAUAUCAUAUAACUUAUAAAACUCUGAUCUUGGAUUUGUGUGUGUGCGUGUGUGUGUCUUUUCAUAUGUGAUUCACAUCUCCUCAAAAACACGACACGGUAACGGUAAAAAUUUUACAUAUUCCGGUAGAGAUUUACCUCGUGAUUUCGAAAAUCCCCUCAUCUGAAAAUUUGAUUAAUUAUUUUCCGAGUUUUUUUUACAAUCUGACAUCUUUUUAAAAUCUAACUGCUGAAGCGAGCUGAUGACGUCACAAUACCUUUGCUCCUCGCGGCCAGCUGCGCAGAGUUUUCAACGCGCAGCCAUGAGCUGCGAGUUACGUGGCCCAGCCGCCGCCCCCCCCCAACGGGUCCCCCUUAGUCUUGUAGGCAUUAAAGUUACCAGCUUUUGUCUCCUAAAUUGGGAGGAUCAGUAACAAGAAAUAGAUUUAACAAUCGUCAAAGAAGGUAUGAAGGCAAAACUGGUUCCUUUAAAUGAAACUUGUUGCUCUGAGUCUGGAAUCCAAUGUGUGUUUGGACUGUGGAUGUAGUUAGUUUGCUGAACUGGGUGAAAAGGGAGAGUGGAGGGUUGUGGGGAUGGAUGAGAAUUAUGGGCACGAGCACAAAGAACUCUCCUGUGUCAUAUAGCAUAGAAACAGGCCCGUCAACCCACCAUGUAUGUGCCCACUAUCAAUUGCCACCUAAACUAAUUCCAAUUUACCAGCAUUUUGUCCAUGCCCUUCUAAAGUUUGGCAGUUUAAGUGCUUGGCUUGGUACAUGUUAAAUGUUCUGUGAGUCUCUGUCUCCACUACCAUCUUAGGCAAUGCCUUCCAGAUUCCAAUCACCCUCUGGGUAAAAUAAAAAGUCCUCGAUGCCCACUAAACUCCUGCUUCCUCAUUCUAAACACGUCUUUGUGUUAUUGACGACUCUUUUAUGGGGAAAAAUGCCCCGUUCUUCCUCUUACAAUUUUGUCUAUCAAAUAUUCCCUCAGAAACAUAGAAACAUAGAAAUUAGGUGCAGGAGUAGGCCAUUCGGCCCUUCGAGCCUGCACCGCCAUUCAAUAUGAUCAUGGCUGAUCUUCCAACUCAGUAUCCCGUACCUGCCUUCUCUCCAUACCCCCUGAUCCCCUUAGCCACAAGGGCCACAUCUAACUCCCUCUUAAAUAUAGCCAAUGAACUGGCCUCAACUACCCUCUGUGGCAGAGAGUUCCAGAGAUUCACCACUCUACUCCAAGGCAAACAGCCUCCUCUACUCCAAGGCAAACAAACAUUGUUGACUUUGUGUCCUCAUGAUAGAGCUGAGAUCCUACAACCAUCUGUCAAUUUCAAAUUACUUCGAAAAGCAGAUCAACUGUGGUCAGUAUCUGGACGUGUUCUAUGCAUGUGGCCCUCGAUGCUGCAGGCAGAUCAUUUCUUUUGCAAACCAUAAAAUCUGCUUCCAUAUCAUGAAUAAUUACAAGCGAUGUGACUGUGAGGGAUAUAAUGUAGCUGACAUUUGUAUAUUUUAAAUACAUUCUCAGGAGGACAGAUAUCCCUGGCAUAGCCUUAGCUGCCUCAGAUGGUGGUCGUGACAGCAGUUUCAUACAGCUAGGUGGCUUGUAAAGCAACUCAGGCAGUUGUUGGACAAGUGUCAUCUAUGACAGGGAGAGUAAGAACAUAAUUUCUUUCCCUAUGAAUGAUUUGUGUUUUUUUCAGUAACUCAGUCAAUUUAAAGGAAACCAAUUAAAAACAAAAGAAAUUAAUCGAAUUAUUAAAUUGUAGACACAAGGAAUUGCAGAUGCUGACAUACAAAAAAAGCACAAAGUGCUGGGGAACUCAACAGGUCAUGCAGCAUCUCUGGAGAACAUGGAUAGGCAAUAUUUUGGAUCGGGACUGAAGGAUAUCUACCUAAAAAGUUGCCUAUCCAUGUUCUCCGGAAAUGUUGUCCAGAUCCGCUGAGGUACAGCAGCACUUUGUCUUUUUAUCCAAUUAUUAAACUAUCACGGGGGAAUUAUCUGGACCAUUUUCCCAGUUUAUUUGUUUUAUUGCCAGUAACAGAAUCAUAUCCCACUCUUCUACCCCAACCUCAGCUCUGACUGGGGCAGGGGCAAUGGCAAGGAAUGGAAAGGAGUUACUACCAGCAAAGGAGUAUAUUCCACAAACAAGCGUUUCUUCUCACGGGGCAGCUACUUUUGAGCUCCUCCUGCCUUGUUGCAUUCUGGUACAAGAUCUUCACAGAUAGUCUGGAAAUUCUGUCAAACAUAUAGCAAGAUUUUUUUCCAAAUUGACAUGAAAUAGAAUUAGCCUGAUCCACUCACCGAGAUUUUGCACUCAAUAGCUAAAUAGCUUGAUGUUUAAUUAUAAUGCAAAUGUCUAAUUUGUUAUCCUUAACAGUAAAUAAUGUAGUAACUUCAUGGAGUGACUUUACUCCACGUAUGUGGAGUUUAACAGUAAUCUCACUUUCUGUGUUGAAUUAAACUCCUUUGGUUUCUAAUUAUUUUUGUAAGUAUCCUUUGGGCGUAUGACAUUUUAUUUUGAUACUGUGAAUGGAUGUUCACUUUUUUCCCCACAAUGAUUGUUCAUAUUAUGUGCUAUACAGAUAUAUGUACAUAUAUAUAUAUAUAAAAGAAGUCUUGUUGUCAAUCUUGUUCUGUACUGUGUGAAACAGACUUGCUUACUCAUUCCUCUCUGCUAUCCCUUCCCAACUCCAACAGUGCUAAUUGACAACCUUGGCCUCUGACACGACCAAAAUCAAGGUGCCAAAGGGAAAACGGGAGUAAUUAAUGUUUUAUCAUGAAUCUUAUUCCUUUCCCACACUGAUCCAACACAUGGAGAGUGAGUUCCCAUGGUCUACAUAUUGACUCAAAGCUGCCUGUGGCCAGCAGGUCUAUUGGGCAUUCCAAGCUAUCACACCAUCAGAAUGAAGAACUUCAUAGCUUCAAAAUGAGAGGACCAAUCUUCUCAGAAGCUGCAGGGCAGGAAGGAACAAACAUUAUUCUCCUUCAGACAUCUCUGCAGAAGUGUCCCCGUCCCUCAUAGCCUUGCCUCUCCUUAUGCUAGUAUAAUUCCCCUGCCCAAGUACACCCUCGCCUACUUCCCACCCCUCUCGUUCCCCAGUCAUUAAAGAUACACUCCUAAAGAAUCCACCAAAUUAGCAGUAGACAAUCUCCACUUACCGAGCAUUCUCAGCACCAAGUUCAUCACAUUCACAUUCCCAGUCUGGCCAUUUGUUUCAACCUUUUCCCUGCCAAAGACGUAUGGCCUAAGAAAUCUGUAGCUGUACUGGUGGGUGACGGAGUGCAUGACCUUACCAGGCCACAAUCUAACACAUGUCAACUUGUGCAAUCAUAUCCUUCCCUCCACACUAUCAAUCAUUUGCCUGCACAUUAUUAACACUAAGAAAGAUUGGUGAGUCACCUGGUGUGGGCAUAAAAUUCACUGUCAGAUAUACUGAAAGUCUUUUCUUUUUGAGUGUAGAAAAAUGAUACAGUCUUUGUGGAGGCAUCCGUAUGCAUCUUUUGACCAAUUCUCUGAGUCAACUGAGUAAUCAGAAGAUGGCCAUGAUCACAUUAAAUGGCAGUGCUGGCUCAAAGGGCUGAAUGGCCUACUCUUGCACCUAUUGUCUAUUGUCUAUUGUCUAAGACAAUGAAUGAACCAGGACAGCGCCUACACUCAACACCUUUGUAACUUCCUUCUGGCCCUUCCAAAUAUUUCCUUCUCUGAAUCAUAAGUUUAGACCACCUCCAUUAAUUUUCCAUAGACUUUGGUCUCAAAACCAGAUGAAGUGCAUACCUAGUGGGAGACUGGGGUACUGAAGUGGGGAGAAUGCUACAAGUUAUGUCCAAUCUAGGAAUGUUUGAAGUUGCCCUCGGAAAGGAAAAACAUUACAAUCUUCUAGUGAGCCAGUCUUUGUAUGAUGGGUCUCUCAUUCUCCUGAAAGUUACUGAAUGCCUUGCUGCCCAGUCUUACAUCUCCAUCAAUUCCCUCAUUCCCUGUCUUUGCCAAUUCGUAAGUGGAUAGCUCAGUUGCAUGCAAAGUAUUUACACUGGCCUUGCUUUUGAUUUCAUGUUAACACAUCAAGCAAAAAUCAACCCGGGACUUUAAGGACGCCAGAUGGAGUAUUUGUUUCCUCUUCCAGCGGGAGCUGGCCUGAAGAUGAAACUGAUGGCACAUGCUUGUUAUCCGCUGCCAAUACUUGAUCUCCAAAUUUAACAUAAUUCCCAGAAGGAGCAACAAGCGGGAGAUGAGAUUUAUUUUCUAUGCAACAAGUUACUAUGAUCUGGAAAGGGUGCUACAGUCCGAUUCAGUGGGUACUUACAAACGGGAUACAUAUACUUGAAGAGGUGAAAUAGUGAAACUUUGAAUGGAAAUUAGGAUUGCUUUUACAAAGAACCGACACCGCACAUUGGAUGGAAUGCCCUCUUUCAGUGCCAUGUGAGUCUUCAAUCACAGAUAAACUUAUGUUGCUCAUGUAUCCAUAAUUAUGAUAUAAAUGCAGUCUGUGCAUUCACCAAUGUUACAGUUUAACAAAGCUGGAAAAUGAUAACUCUUCCUAAUUGGACUGAAUCUCUAAAUUUCUCACUUAAGUAUCACUGCUGCCCCUCCAUCUUUACAUGUGUCUCUGCUUCUUUACAGAAGCUGGGUACAUGAACAGGGUGCAACAUGUCCAACAUCAGCUAUGAUCAUAAUGGAUUCAUAGAACUGUACAGCAGAGACAGGUCCUUUCAGUCAUCUCAUCCACGAUGCCUAUCUGCGCCAAUCCCAUUUGCCUGCAUUGUGCUUGUAUCCAAACCUUUCCAACCUUAAGUACCUGUCUAAAUGCCUUUUAACGUACAAUUUGGAGCUGUGUGGGUCAAAAGAUAGGAAGAAUAUCAAAACUAGCUGCUGAGCUAAAAAACUUUGAAUUUGGUUUCCUAUAUCCAUCUAUUUCCACAGCCCAGCAGUGAUACAGUUUGUAAUCUGAUACUUUAGAAUUAUGGUUUCCAAUUAUUUUUAGGCGACCCAUUUUAUCCAAACCAUUUUAUCCCUGGGUAAACCAUUAAUCAAGUUCCCCAGUCGGAGCACCACCAUUUAUUGAAAGGAGUGGAGGUGGCGACCUAUCUGUUCUUACCCCAUGACUCAUCUAAGGGUCACAGCUCUUACUUUGAAAACUGCUUUAUCAAAUAAGCAGGUGUUGUUGCAAUAUAAGUUGGAAGAAGAUGAGGAAGGGCUUGGAUCGAGGAUAAUAUAGUUUGUGUAUAAAAUAUGUAAGAAAUUGGUUUGCAGGAUCACGUCUUGUGUGCACCUUGGAUUUGAUUAAAGAUUAUGUAAGAUUAGCUGUUUCAACCUUGGCUCAUUGGGUAGUACACUUGUGCCUCGUUCAAAGGUUGAAUUUGAAUCUCACUUGCAGGAAUCCACACUAAUACAACAGGAACAAGAGGCCACUUGGCCCAUCAAGCCUGCCUCACCAUUCAAUAUGAUCAUGGCUGAUCUGUCCUAGAUUUCAUCUCCUCUUCUUUGCCACCUGCCUAUCCCUCAAUUCUGCACAUUAAAAAAAUGUAUCACCUCUCGUGGCAUAGCCUCUACCUCCCUCUGGAGUAGUAAAAUGCAAAGAUUCACUACCUUUUGCAAGAACAUAUUCUAUGCACCUCAAGUUUAAAUGAUCGUCCACUUGUAACUAUUUCCCUUCAUUCAAACCUCUCGCACUUGUCGAAACUUCUGCACAUCUAGUUUCUCAUAUCCCCUUAUGUUUCAAUAAGAUUGCCUCUCAUUCAUCUAAACUCCAAUUAAUAUAAAUUCAAUUUCCUUGGCUACUUUUGACAUGACAACCUUUUCAUCCCCAGAAUUAGCUUAACUGUGUGAAUCUCUUUUUGACUGCCUCCAAUGUCAGUAUAUCAAUUUCCAAACCAAAAUCUUGAACGAUACCCCAUGUGUGCCGUCACCAAAGCUCUGCACAUUUGUAAUACUUCUUCCCUUCUUCUAAACAUCUCACCCCUUGCAAAAAACUACUGCCCCACUGUACUUAAUUCAUUUGCAGUCUCUCUCCAUUUAGAUAUUAAUCUGCUUUUUAAUCCUCUUACCAAAGUGCAUGACCUCACACUUUCCUACAGUGAACUCCAUUUGCCAAGUUUUCACCCACCUCUCUAACUCCUGCUGCAGAGUCCAAAUACCACUUCUUGCCCUCCCACCUAUUUUUGUGUCAUCAGCAAACAGUGAU